AUGUCAACUGUCGGUCUCACACGAAACGCGCCGAAGGACCCUGGAGGUAAAAUAGCUACUUUGUGGGCAGGCCCUGGUGAAGCAUCGAAUUCCACAUCUUCAGUCAACGAGAAUGUUGCCUAUCGUUUUGUACUCGACAACAAAGUCCAAACAAUCUCCAGCAACAGCAUACCCGAAAGUGGUGUGGUGUCAGGACUCUUGUUCGUCCCGAAUUUAGAUCAGCAGGAUCCCUGCUAUAACACGACCGCCUCGUCCGUCCCCGCCAAUGUCACCCGCUACCAAGACGUCUCCAACUUUGGCUACUCGCUCAUCGGUCUCGCCCCGUGGGUGUCUGCCGAGUGCGCUUCUUCCUACCUAUCCGCCGGACAAAAAGUCGGCACACAUGCAAUGAUCUUUUUCGAACCCUCCAAUAACGAUACGGGCCUACCACCUGACUCGAAUGACUCGCGUUGGACAAUCAACGAUGGAGAGAAGUGGAGGAUGGAGAAUGACUACCCCGUAUACACCAUCCCCGGUCCUGCGGGAACGUCAUUGAUACGUGAUCUUGCCAAAUUCUCGGGAGAAUCGUCUCACAGCAAGAGAGAUGCCCCGGAUGGAGCCACUGACAGUUCUCGUUUGUUUGCGCGAGUUGAAACUGCGAAGCAAUCAGGAAACAUGCCAAGUCUUUGGAGCUUUGUGCUUGCAAUCGCAGGAACAGUUCUGGUCCUCAGUCUCUUAUUGGUUGUGAUCUAUCGCCUUGUUCUACGCAAGAGACGGGACCAGUUCCAAAGACGUGUCGCUGCGGGCCAGGUCGAUGUUGAGGCUCUGGCAUUGAACCAAAUGAAGGCCCCUCGGGAUGUGGUUGAGAAAAUGCCGAUGUACACCUACCUGGACCUCAGCUCCUCAUCAAAGACAUCAGUCCAUCGGAAGAGUACCUCGGAUGAUGAGGCUGCCGCCGACUCUCACGAUAAUGCGAGCCCACCACCAGCCAACCAGGACACCAAAGAAGACGAUCAAUCUCUUGACGAUGCUGGACUGAAGAAGCCUGAAGCAGCAGUGAUCGAACCUGGGAAGCAAGAUAAAGAUAAUUCGACCAGAAACAAGUAUCGUUUGAGCCAUACUCAAACAACCUGUGCUAUCUGUAUCGAUGAUUUUGUGGCUGGAUCUUCGAUCGUUCGCGAAUUGCCGUGCGCGUCCCACAACCCACAACCUUUGCCUACCUCUUCCUUCACUCGAACUUUUCGCGACAACGACAACCGACGACCUCGUAAAGCCGACAAGAUGGGUGCCCUCAAGUACGUGGAAGAAAUCCAAAAGAAGAAGCAGUCCGAUGUGAUUCGCUUCCUGCUGCGCGUCCGAUGCUGGGAGCUCCGCCAGCUGAACGCCAUCCACCGUGCCUCGCGCCCCUCGCGCCCCGACAAGGCCCGUCGUCUCGGUUACAAGGCCAAGCAGGGUUACGUUAUCUACCGUGCCCGUGUCCGCCGCGGUGGCCGCAAGCGCCCCGUCCCCAAGGGUGCCACCUACGGCAAGCCCACCAACCACGGAGUUAACCAGCUCAAGUACCAGCGUGCUCUCAAGUCUACUGCUGAGGAGCGUGUCGGCCGCCGCGCCGCUAACUUGCGCGUCCUGAACUCCUACUGGAUCAACCAGGACUCCACCUACAAGUACUUCGAGGUCAUCCUCGUCGACCCCCAGCACAAGGCCAUCCGCCGCGAUGCCCGCAUCAACUGGAUCUGCGCCCCCGUCCACAAGCACCGCGAGUCUCGUGGUCUUACCGCCACCGGCAAGAAGUCCCGUGGUAUGAACAAGGGCCACCGCUACAACAACACCAAGGCUGGUCGCCGCCACACCUGGAAGCGCCAGAACACCCAGAGCUACUGGCGUUACCGUUAA